AUGGACGGCAUCAGGAGAACAGUUCACAUUCCCGCCUGGGUACCAUGGUUUAAGCAACGAUGGUACGAACUCCUUCGAUCGAGGCAUCCCAGCCACCCCUUCAGCGAUGGAGACCUCAGCACAGUCUUCGACCACCGUCAUGCCGUAUGCAUGGCAUGGUUCAACUGCCUAGUAGCGAACUACGCUCCGAACCCCUUACCAGGGCAAGUAGGAAUCUGUCGAGCACGAUUCGAGCUGGCGAUCAAUCACUGUGGUCUCGACCCGGCCGUGCAACACUUCGACCAUUACUUCCGGUGCUGCAUCGUGGAUCACGCUCGGAGCGGUGCAUUAGCGUUGUUUGAACAGCAAUUGGCAGCAGGCGAAGUGCCUCACCUGGCUGAGGAGCUGUUGGAGCAACAUCUAGCUCAAGGCCUCGGCGAAGUAAUCCUUGGUAGAGGGCCUGCACCAGGGCUCCACGUCGCGGUUCCUGCGGAACGUCCUCAGGGGCUGUAUGACAUGCCAAUUGACGAGCGUGGCCAAAUGAUCAACGGAGCGGCGACUGGAGAUCGCGGUCACAACCUUUACGAUCUACCCAUCCGUCAGGAACGUCCUCCGGGCCUGUAUGACAUGCCAAUUGACGAGCGUGGUCAAGUGAUCCGCGAGACGGCAGGUGGCGAUCGCGGGCUGCGUGACUUUUACGAUCUACCCAUUCGUGAACGUGCACCUCCACGGGGUGUUGGCAUCAUCGUUGGCGAGCGUGAGCAGGAUGCUGACCACAUGGUUGUUGAUGAAAGCCAGCCUGAGCGAGAGGGAGCGUCAGACGCGUGA